ACAUUGCUCCAAUUGUCGACUUCAGUUUCAGUUUCUCUGUUUUCAUCCUCUUUGGUCGAUGCUUGAUGGCGGACAAGGUUUUUAAUGAGAAUAUUCUGGAGCAAAUUAGACAUGGAAUUGCACACUUCGAGCUCGUUUCUUCUGUUUCAACUCCAAGCGUCUCUCACUUAUUGUCCACAGCUUUCCUAGGAGACAGCAGCAGUCGAUUCUUCGCUAGAAUUGGACCAUCUCUAGGAAGUGGGUCGCCGGCCACGAAAAAAGUUGAGCAUUUUUCAGUUCACAAAGUUGCUGGAGAUGGCCGCUGCCUAUUUCGAGCAUUGGUCAAAGGGAUGGCUUUACACAAGGGUAUUGCUUUAAGCCCCCAGAAGGAGAGAGAUGAUGCAGAUGAAUUACGAAUGGCUGUGAAAGAGGUUUUAUGUGAUAGUGGUAAAGACCGGCAGCAGUAUGAAGAGGCUUUGGUAGCAAUUACAGUUGAAGAGUCUUUGAAACGUUACUGCCAACGCAUUCAACGACCUGAUUUUUGGGGAGGAGAGUCAGAGCUCCUGGUGCUUUCAAGAUUGUGCGGUCAGCCGAUUAUUGUCUAUAUACCCGAGCAUGAGCAUAGGAAGGGUGGAUGGGGCUCAGGUUUUAUUCCCAUUGCAGAAUAUGGAGCUGAGUUCCGCAAGGGCUCCAGAAAAGCAAAGCCCAGGAAAGUCGUGAGGCUCCUAUACAGUGGUAGAAACCAUUACGACCUGCUUGUCUGAGAGUGCUAUCUGCUAUGAAAGAAUGGAUGGAUUAAAGCACUGAAUCUUCCCAGAAACAGAGGGAGUUGUCAACACCAUUUUUGUAUCUUUAUUGAUGGAAGAAGUACCAUUGCACUCUCUUUUUUAGGGGCUAAUCAAUUUAAGAGUUUUCUUCAUUUUAGUGGUUAAUUUCAGUGUCUUGUCUCCUUGUUUUGGAUCCACUCUGACUCCUGCUCUUGAUUUCCGAAGUUGAUAUCAAUUUUACCAAAUUUUAGCAA